CAAAAAACGACACGAUGUUUGCAUCAUUAAUUCAACAACGGUAGACGUUUUUGUUUUUGCCUGAAGACGAUGAUGGCUGGCGACGGAGCAGAUCAAAGUCGACGCUUUUUCGUGGCGGUUCACGUCGGGGCCGGAUAUCAUGCGGCGGCUAACGAGAAAGCUCUUAGAUCUGUCAUGAGACGCGCUUGCCUAGCUGCGUCGACCAUUCUUCGUCAGGAUUCUGGUGAAUGCAUAGAUGCUGUUUCAGCUGCCAUUCAAGUCCUCGAGGAUGACCCGAGCACAAAUGCUGGUAGAGGCUCUAAUCUGACAGAAGAUGGUCAUGUGGAAUGUGAUGCUAGUCUUAUGGAUGGAGAUUCAGGGAUGUUUGGUGGUGUUGGAGCAGUUCCAGAUCAGGUGUCAGAAAUGCUAUCAAAAUUGCUGCUUUGUUGGUUGUUGGUUGGUGAGGGAGCUCGACGUUGGGGUAAAUCCAAAAGUGUUCUUAUACCUGGAACUGUCACAGAAGCUGAUCAGUGGCUGGUUACAGAGAGAGCAAGAAAUCAGUGGAGAAGGUUCAAGGCCAUGCUUUCUGAGGUAGGGGCAAAGAGUAUUCUCUCUGCUGAAGAACAUCCCAGAGGAACCGAGAAUAAUGAAACAUGUGAGGAAAACGUAUCAUCCUGUGCAGCUGCAGAUGAGGAUAAGAUCAUGGACACUGUUGGCGUAAUCUGUGUUGACAAUGAAGGACACAUUGCGUGUGGGUCCUCAAGUGGCGGUAUUGCAAUGAAGAUUAGCGGCCGUGUAGGUUUGGCGGCAACAUAUGGUUCUGGUUGCUGGGCAUCCUCUAAAGGACCAUUUGGAGCUCCAUUUCUAGUUGGAUGUUGUGUGUCUGGAGCGGGAGAGUAUCUUAUGAGAGGUUUUGCAGCUAGAGAGUGUUGUACUUCAUUGGCACUCUCUCAGGCUGGUCCAGCAUCUGCUGCCAUGAAGGUUUUACGUUCUGUAAUGCAUCAAGAGAGUUCAAAAAUUGGAACAGCUGAUAAAACUGCAGGAAUUCUAGUAGUUCAGGCGGAUGCUUCUGUGGUUGUCCCUGGAAGUAAGCCGGAGCUGAAUGCUGUUGAGAUAGCUGCUGCUUACUCGUCACUUUCUUUCGGCGUGGGAUACUAUGGGAACUCUAUAGAGAAGCCAAAGAUUUCGAUUCUCAGGACGAGGAGACAGAUGAGUGAGGCUGGGGUAGACCAUUUUGAAGCCCGGAUUGAUCUCCGCCCAACCUGUUGCUGAUUAAUUUCUGAAGUUUUGGUAUUUUGUGGAGAAAAGUUUCAGAAUCUGUAACAUAGGAGUCAUGGGACACACCAAAAUGACUUCCAACAUCAAUCGUAAUGACUUCAUCCUUAAGCUAUCUUCCAAGACUUACAUUACGUUAAAAGAUACAUUUGAUAAAGCAAAAAUGCUUUU